UGUUAUUGUCGUAAACAAUGAAUGUUAUACGUAAGGUUUACUAAGAUAAGCAGGAAGUACCUCAAGAAGUGGAUUUGUUAACUGGAAAAGUUAUUUUUUUUUUAUUAAUUUGCAACUUUUAUAAUACUGACGGUUAAUAACUGAAAUAUUUCUCAGGAAAAGAUUAAGCGUUUCAUGAAUAAUAGCAAGGAUUUAUUCCCUACCUUUUACCAGGUAGGGUACAUGCUAAUAUGCAUGAAAUAUUUUCCUUAUAUGAGCAAAACAUUUUAUCAUUGACCUCUAAACCAAAAUUAGCAUAAUACUGCAGUUCACUUCUGAUCCGAUGAAGAUAUCAUUUGGGUUCGCGUGUCGGAUCUCACUUUAAAAAUUCUGGCGAAGUCAAACAAGCGGUUAGUCUUAUAUAUUUUGAGGUUCUCUUCCAACAUGAACAUGUUCCAAUCUGUCCUGGAGACGGUGCCGAAAACCAGGUCUCAGAUGGUAAACGAGCUGGAUAUUCCAGAGGAUAUUACAGUCGAUCCUUACGUUUGGCGGGAACCUGAUGAGGAUUUAGACAGCGACAGCACCACAUCCAUUACUAUUGAUGACUUUGAAGUCGCAACUGUAAGCUCAGAGUCCAGCUUAGCGUUGUCUAGAGCCAUGACGGAUUCCGAAAUAGAUUACACUAGAUACAGAAAGUUAAAAAACAGAAGCUUGAGUGAUCCAUGGGCUCUCAUAAGAACAGCGAACGACUCGUUUCCCUCGGGUUAUCUUGAAUCUUUACAGAGUUGCCAGGACACGACAUUAGGAAGUCUCCAAGAGUUGUUCUAUGUGCGUCACAAGAACAACGAUGAGUUGAAGCAGAAGAUGGAAAGAUUCUUCGAGGAGAUCAGCGUCUUCACACCUGACGACCCAGGGCUGAUGGAGUUGCAGGAAGCCUUGGAGGCUAUUGAUGUGAAGAGUACGGAUUUGGACAGUGACACUUCCUGAAAUAACGAUAAGUAUGGAGAAAAUGUUAACAGGCUUUUAUAGUAUGCUACGCAUUAAAAGCUCCAGAAUAUUUCUAAACAAAGCAAAUAAUAUAAUCAAAAAGGAAUUUUAUAUGAUAUUUAUUAAUGAAAAAAAAAAAUAUUUUUGUCUUAUAUAUGAAUAU